AUGGUGAAGAUUACAGGCUUCAGUACCCGGGAUGUCCGGUUCCCGACAUCUCUCGACAAGACGGGCUCCGACGCCAUGAACGCAGCGGGCGACUACUCCGCCGGCUACUGCAUCUUCCACACAGACUCCGACCACGAAGGACACGGCAUGACAUUCACCAUCGGUCGAGGCAACGAAAUCGUCUGUGCAGCCAUCACCCUCCUGGCCCCCCUCGUCGUAGGCAAAGACCUAGACGACCUCACCUCCGACUGGGGCCAAACAUGGCGGUACCUCGUCUCAGACAGCCAACUGCGCUGGAUCGGGCCCGAAAAAGGCGUCAUCCACCUCGCCCUGGGCGCCGUCGUCAACGCCCUCUGGGACCUGUGGGCCAAGACCCUCGGCAAGCCCGUCUGGCGCAUCGUCGCGGACAUGACCCCCGAGGAGUUCGUCCGCUGCAUCGAUUUCCGCUAUAUCACUGACGCUUUGACGCCUGAGGAGGCUAUCGCUCUUCUUAAGGAGGUCGAGCCUGGUAAGCAGGAGCGUAUCCGUGAGGCGGAGCAAAGCCAGGCUGUGCCGGCUUAUACGACCAGUGCGGGAUGGUUGGGGUACAGUGAGGAGAAGAUGAAGGCGUUGCUGAGUGAGACGCUUGCGCAGGGGUACCGCCACUUUAAGAUCAAGGUGGGAGGAAACCUCGAGGAUGAUAAGCGGCGGUUGCGGAUCGCGCGCGAGGCGAUCGGUUAUGACCAGGGAAAUAUCCUUAUGGUGGAUGCCAACCAGAUCUGGUCCGUCCCCGAAGCCAUAACCUGGAUGCAAGAGCUUUCGGAAUUCCAGCCCUGGUUCAUCGAAGAGCCCACCUCCCCAGACGAUAUCCUCGGCCACGCAGCGAUCAAAAAGGCCCUAUCACACACCCCACACGGACCCAUCGGCGUCGCCACAGGCGAGAUGUGCCAGAACCGGGUGAUCUUCAAGCAGCUUCUGCAGGCUGGCGCUUUGACAGUGCUGCAAGCAGACGCGUGUCGGGUCGGCGGCGUCAACGAGGUUCUCGCCAUUUUGCUGCUAGCGCGCAAGUUCGGCGUGCCGAUCGUGCCGCACUCGGGCGGCGUGGGGCUGCCGGAGUAUACACAGCAUUUGAGCACGAUUGACUAUGUGGUUGUGAGUGGGGUGAAGAGCGUGCUGGAGUAUGUGGAUCAUUUGCAUGAGCAUUUUGUGCAUCCGAGUAGUGUGCGCGAGGGGUACUAUGUUACCCCUAUGGAGCCCGGGUAUAGUGUGCAGAUGAAGGGGGAGAGUAUGGAUCGGUUUGCGUUCCCUGGGGAGGAGGGGAAGAGUUGGUGGAGGGGGGAGGAGGCGAGGGCUAUUUUGGAGGGGCCGCGGGUUUGA